AUGUCAAGUAAUGAUCAUGUGUCACACUUGAGCGAAGCAUUAUCGUUAACCGCAUCUGCACUCAUCACCUCUCAGGAUCUUGACGAAUGCUUACUCGACUCCACUAGCACAUAUAAGAAGAUGUUAUAUCAGACCAUCAAGCGAACAAUAUCACCAUCUAUCUUCAAUAGUUUUAGAGAUACUUCACAUUUUAACAAUAAUAAAUAUGAGUGCUUUCAAGAUAUUUGUAAUCCUAAAGGUGGUAAGGGAUAUUUUAAAAACAAGAUAAUGAACAACAGAAGCACAUUCAGGCUAUUGAGUAUGAUAAGUAGUGAGCAAUUGAAUUAUCUUUCUACAGAUGAAAGAAUAAAUGAUUUCGAGACACAAUCCAUAACUGAUGGCAACUAUGGAGAUUACAAGGUAUCAUUAUUCCAAGGGUUUUCCUCAACAAUGAAACAGGUGAGCAGUACUCAUCCAGAUUGUCCAGAAAAGGUAUUGACUUUUCUUAAAAAGAAAACGUUUCAAUUCAAUAAUGCGUCACAUCCCAUAAGAAAUAAUAAUAUGCAUAUUGACUUCCUACUGAAUAUGACAGCGAGACCAUAUUCAAUAAAAUAUCAGACAAGCAAGAAAGAGGCAAUAGAGUGGAAACUGGGCUUACUUGAAGUGGACAAAAAAACGACUGCAAGAGAGAUCAAUGACAUCGAUUUGAAAAUUGGGCAACUACAGCUCAAAAGGAAAAUAAUGGUCAAUAAGGUGGCAGGUUUGGAAAAACAACAAUCUUUUUUGGGACACGAAAAUAUGAUUACGUCUGACAGCAUAGAAGUUCUUGGGGAAAAAAAUGCGGAAUUUGAUGUUAAUAUGGAGAACGAAGUCGUUUCGCAGUCCAAAUCGGUUCCUUUCGUAGCUACCAAUAGUCUUUAUGAAAAUUCUUUAUGCGGCGAUGGCGGCGACGUCACUCCAAGCUUAUGGAACUUGCAGUCAUCGAACAAAACCUCUUUUCGAGGUUGUACUUCGGUAGUCGAUUGGAUCUCUUCUGAGAACGAUAAUCAGCAUGAACGGCUACAAUCAUUCUUCCGUUAUGGUAACAGAAAAUGGAAAGUAUCGCCAACAUUACAACAGUAUUAUAACCAAGGGGAGAAUAUCAGCUCUAUUAACAAUGCUCAUAAUAACCCCAUCAGCAGUUUUGACUUCGACCUCCCCUUUGGUAUCUUAUGUACGUCUGCUUUGUCAGAAAAGGUAAUAAAAAUGUGGGACUUGUCUAAAGCCAGACAAAUUGGGGCUAUGGAAGAUCAUUUGAGAGCCGUUAAUUGUUUGCAAAUGGACGCUAGAUUCAAUAUGGUAAUUUCAGGAAGUAAAGACAAUACAUUGAGAUUAUGGGAUUUGAAUUUGGCAUUAGAUUUGUUUCAUUGUGAAGAUGCAGAGGAAAAAAUUAAGCAAUCUCCCUGUGUAUUUGUAUUCGAAGCUCACAUUGACGAAGUCACUGCAUUAUCAAUUAAUUCGUCACAUUUGGUGAGUGGCUCACAAGAUAGGACCAUAAGAAAUUGGGACCUACAUCAAGGUAGAUGUACUCAAACCUUUGACCUCAAUUUCCCAUCGCUAUUGAAAUCCAACGUCGCUCCAUCUUCUCGACGAUCUCGGGAUAAACAAAAUAUGCUUUCAUUUCCUAAUUACUCACCACCAGUAGUGGGGGCCCUACAGAUUUAUGACGUAGCUCUUGCUACUGGGACAAGAGAUGGAAUUGUUAGACUAUGGGACCUCCGAUCAGGUGAAGUAAUCAGAUCUCUCGAUGGCCAUACUGAUGCCAUAACAUCACUAAAAUUUGAUAAAUAUAACAUAAUAACCGGUUCCAUUGAUAAAACUGUUCGAAUUUGGGAUUUACGGACAGGAUUAUCGGUUGACACUCUUGUAUUUGAGUCGCCUGUUUCAGGCCUGGACUUUGAUGUAGAAAAAGUUGUUAUAGCUAAUGGCGGCAAUGCCGUUAAAAUAUAUGAUAGAAGGGAACGAAAGCAAUGGACGUAUGAGACAAGUUCUGAGACGGUUUCCCAGGUAAACACAGUCAAAUAUAAGGACUCUUAUAUGAUUGAUGGAAGAAAUGAUGGUAGCGUCAAUAUUUGGGCAAUGUGA